GAAGAAAAACUGUAAAAUGGAAAAAGCAAAUGAAACCACUGUGACAGAAUUCUUCCUAAAGGGACUUUCUGGCUGCCCCAGACUUGAGAUCAUUUUCUUUGUGCUGCUCCUGGUAAUGUAUGUGGUCAUUCUUCUGGGCAACGGCAUCCUCAUCAUAAUCAGCAUCCUAGACUCCCACCUCCACACUCCCAUGUACUUCUUCCUCAGUAACCUCUCUUUCCUGGACAUCUGCUAUACAACCACCUCUAUUCCUUCAGCACUGGUCAGCUUUUUAUCUCAAAGAAAAACCAUUUCCUUCUCUGGAUGUGCAGUGCAGAUGUUCCUUGGCUUAGCCAUGGGUACCACAGAGUGUGUGCUCCUUGGCAUGAUGGCCUUUGACCGCUACGUGGCUAUCUGCAACCCCCUAAGAUAUCCUGUCAUCAUGAGCAAGGCUGCAUAUGUGCCAAUGGCAGCUGGGUCAUGGGUAACAGGAGGUGUCAACUCACUGGUACAAACAGUUCUUGUGGUACACUUACCUUUCUGCAGAAAUAAUGUCAUCAAUCAUUUCACAUGUGAAAUCCUAGCUGUCAUGAAAUUAGCCUGUGCCAACAUCUCCGGGAAUGAAUUUACCAUGCUAGUAGCCACUACGUUAUUCAUUUUGACUCCAUUGUUGUUAAUCUUUAUUUCUUAUACAUUAAUCAUCUUUAACAUUCUAAAGAUUCACUCAGCUGAAGGGAGAAGCAAAGCCUUUUCUACCUGCUCAGCCCACCUGAUUGUGGUAAUUAUAUUCUAUGGGACCAUCCUGUUUAUGUACAUGAAGCCCAAAUCCAAAGAAUCGCUUAAGUCAGAUAAGUUGCAAGCCACAGACAAACUCAUUUCCAUGUUUUAUGGAGUAAUGACCCCCAUGAUGAAUCCUUUAAUCUAUAGUCUCAGGAACAAAGAUGUGAAACAGGCAGUAAAACAUCUACUAGGCAGAAAGUUCUUUAGCAAGCAAAUGUGAAAGGUUUUGUGCUUUGGUCCACUGUGUGAUAGAAACAAAGAGUAGAAACUUCAGUAGACUAUCAACUUGCAGAUUGCAACCAUCCAUGCCUGCCCACCUUGUACUGCUCUUUCUAUGUGAUGUGGAAAACCUUCCACAGGAGGUCCACCCAGUGUACUGUGUCCCUUCUUCUAGAUUUCUUUGUAUUGCAUGGAUGCCAAUGGAAUGAGUGAGCUGUCCAUCAGUCAUCCUACAAGCUGUCUUUCAUGAUCAGCCCACCUCCUGGUCCAGUUAUACAUCUCCCUGAUAUACUUCAUGCCAUUUCUCUGGUUCAGUUGUUCAUUGGUGAUGUAUUACAGGCUGCUCACCAUCAUCAUCCACCUCUCCAUUGGCCUUUGACUGUCUCUCAACUUUAAUUUUUCAGACUGGAAUUCAUCAUGAAUAACAAUUAAGAAAAGCAUAGUUGUGAAAUGUAUUUGAGAAAUAGUAUUUGUCAUCUGUCAAAACUGCCAAAGAGAGCACUCUCUCCCAUACUUCCACCUUAUUUUCCAAAGUAUCCUGAAAGCCAGUCCAGCAAAAUACUUCAAGAUUCAACUCUAAUCCCACCAUCUUCAGGAAACCCUUUUCUAAUCUUGCUGCUGGUAGUACCUUCCCUUUGAGAUUAUCUUCAAUAUACGCUGUAUAAUUCUUAUAUGUACAAAUUAUGUAUAUAUGUUUUCUUCCACUAAAAUGUG